AUGAUCUCAUUGAGUUCCCCCGCAGGGAUAGCUGUGGCGUUAUCAGCUUCGAUUUUUGGAUCGUUUGCCAAGUUCAAGGAGCUAUUGGGCGACGCCCCUGGCACCAAAUCGUCGAGUCGCGCGAACGUCAGCGCAGGGGUGCUGGAGUCCAUGUUGAUUGUGACGCCGUUCGAUAUGAUCAAGACGCGGCUGCAGAAGGAUGGAGGUGGGCAAGGGGCAGUUAAAAGGCCCCGGCACUUGCUUGCGAGCGAAGGGGUGACUGCGCUUUGGAAGGGCGACGUGCCGACGAUGCUGCGCCAAGCGUGCAACUUCACGGUGUUCGCGAUUGAUGAAUUCGAACCUGUCUCGGUGCACGGCCAGGAGCCCAAGUACAAGGGCUUUGUGCACGCCAUCGGCGUCAUCUCCAACGCGGAAGGGUACAUGGCGCUGUGGAAGGGGUUGGUCCCGCGCAAGGAAGUUCCCCACUGCGUGAAACGGUCGUGGACGAGGGAGCAGCAAGCCGCCGCUCCAUGCAUGUUCUCACGACGGGCCUCCAUCGAGCCUAUAGGCACGUCGCGGGAAGAGGCAUCCCCGCCGCGGCGGCAUCGACGGGCAUCGGCAGGAGAAGUGUUUGCGCCGCUUCUGUCGCUCCUCGGCGUGCCGCCAGCUUCGUCGGCAAUGUCGAUGUCGGCGCCACCGACAACACAAUCCCGCAGAAAGACCACCAACACACCCGUGUAUCGGUUCCACGAAGAUGGGCUACGAGUGCUCGCCAUACCGCCUGCGAGGAGAAGGAGGAGGAAACCUACCGACGAUGCUGUGUAUACCCCAAUGGAAACCACCAUGCCACAACACCCCGACGUUCUAUUCCACCCUUCGUCGUCCGGCCUGAGUCUCAAAGCUGCGUCCUCGCACACUACCUUCGGCUCGCAGUCCGACACCGAAUCAGCUUCCGACUUCCGCGCCGCGUCGGCGCCGUGCGACGCCGUUGUCCGCGUGUGCUUGAUAUGCGAUUGCACGGCGUCUCGGUUCCCAUCCCCAAACGAACUCAUCCCAAGCCCUUGCAAAUGCAGCCUCUCCUGGGUCCACCUCAACUGCCUCCAAGAAUACCGCGAGGCCAGUGGGCGGAAUUCUUGCCCUGUUUGCUUUACCACUUGGUACCAAGGGUAUGCACAAGUGAGCUUCCGUCGAAGCUUUAGCAUGAACCUCUUUGGGCCAGGACAUAAAUAAACGUCAUUUCUCGUGUCGUUGACGGAAUCAAGAAGAAGACCUGUACCUGUACAGCACAUGCCGAAUCUUCGCGACUGGAGAUCUUGGUGUUUCGGGGUUACUACUACUUUUGACAUUUAAUAUUAUGAGCGUUA